GCCCCGCCGAGGCCCGGGGCCCCAGACCCCGGCGGCGGCGGCGGCCAGGACGCUAGGGCGAGGGCCAACGGCCUGAGUUACCCUCUGCAGCCCCGUUCCUGGGCCUUGGCGGGCCUCGGCAGCCCCAUCGCCCAACUUUUCCACCCUCCCCCCUCCCUUUCCCCGAAACUCCAGCAACAAAGAAAAGUAGUCGGAGAAGGAGCGGCGACGCCGGGUCGUUCCGCUCCCCCUCUGCUGGUUAGGCGGAACACAAUAAUGGCCACCCAGGUAAUGGGGCAGUCUUCUGGAGGAGGAGGAGGGCUAUUCACCAGCAAUACCAACAUGGGCAUGGCUUUGCCUGAUGACGUGUAUGACUUACAUGACCUCUCCAAAGCUGAACUGGCAGCGCCGCAGCUUAUCAUGUUAGCAAAUGUGGCUUUGACUGGAGAUGUCAGUGGCAGCUGCUGUGACUACCUGGUUGGUGAAGAAAGACAGAUGGCAGAACUGAUGCCCGUUGGGGAUAACAACUUUUCAGAUAGUGAUGCAGAAGGACUUGAAGAAGAGUCUCCUGAUAUCAAAGGUGAACCUAAUGGACUGGAAAGGAUGGAAUUGGAAAGUUUAGAACUCAGUGUUGUAGAACCUCAACCUGUAUUUGAGAUGUCGGCCACCCCAGAAAUGUAUAACACAGAUAAAGAUCUUCCUGCCGAAACACCUGGCCCAGAGGACAAGUGCAAGAGCUUGAAGAGCAAACCCUUUCGCUGUAAGCCAUGCCAGUAUGAAGCAGAAUCUGAAGAACAGUUUGUGCACCACAUCCGAACUCACAGUGCCAAGAAAUUCUUUGUGGAAGAAAGUGCAGAGAAGCAAGCAAAAGCUGGAGAAUAUAGCCCUCCCAUUGUGGAAGAGGGUGAUUUCUCCAAGGGCCCCAUUCGCUGUGACCGCUGUGGCUACAAUACCAACCGCUAUGAUCACUAUACUGCACAUUUGAAGCACCACACUAGGUCUGGGGAUGACGAGCGUGUGUACAAGUGCAUCAUCUGCACGUAUUCCACGGUCAGUGAGUACCACUGGAGGAAACACUUGAGGAACCAUUUUCCUCGGAAGGUGUACACAUGUGGGAAGUGCAACUAUUUUUCAGACAGAAAAAACAACUAUGUUCAGCACGUUCGAACUCAUACAGGAGAACGCCCAUAUAAAUGUGAACUUUGCCCUUAUUCAAGUUCUCAGAAGACUCAUCUUACUAGACACAUGCGUACACAUUCAGGUGAGAAGCCAUUUAAAUGUGAUCAGUGCAGUUAUGUGGCCUCUAAUCAGCAUGAAGUAACCCGGCAUGCAAGACAAGUUCACAAUGGGCCCAAGCCUCUCAACUGCCCGUACUGUGACUACAAAACAGCAGACAGAAGUAACUACAAAAAACACGUCGAGCUACACGUUAACCCAAGGCAGUUCACCUGCCCUGUAUGCGACUACGCAGCUUCUAAGAAAUGUAAUCUUCAGUAUCACUUCAAAUCGAAGCAUCCUACUUGUCUUAAUAAAACAAUGGAUGUUUCAAAAGUGAAACUAAAAAAAACUAAAAAGAGAGGGUCUGAAUUGCCUGAUGAUAUUGCCAGUGAUGAAACAGAACCAGAGAAGACAAAAAUAAAGGGAGAUGUGACUGCAAAGAAACAUGAGAAACCUGUAAAAGUAGAGAAAAAAGAUAAUGGCUCAAAAGAGAAAAAGACGUAUAAUGCCUCAGAAGUCCAAGUGACAGCCCGAACUCGCAAAUCAGGAUCGGAGACUAAAGAGAUGGAUGUCCAUGUUGAAAAUAAUUCCGAAAAACCCUGUAAACUGAAGAAAAGCAAAAGGAAGGUGGAAGCUGAUGCCCAUUCCUUAAAUGAUCCUGGAAAUGAUGAAGAACCUGUGAUAAAAAAGAAAAAGAAAAUUGAGAGUAAAUCUACAGCCAGUCAAGAAGUGCCAAAGGAUGAUAGCAAAGUGGAGGAGAAUAAAAAGCAAAAAACGUGCACCAAAAAAAAUGCAAAGAAGACAACUCUGAAAACUAAUAAGGCAAGUAAAAAAAGCAGCAAGCCUGCCCAGGUCGAGCGAGCUCCAAAGGGCCCUUCCCAGAGGAAGCCUGCUCAGAAGGGUCCUGCUGCAAUAGGACCCACUCAGAAGAAGACAGCUCAAGAAGAACCUGACAUGCAACUGCCUCUUCCUGCAGUCUCUUCCCUUCACACAGAGUCUCCUCCCCAGCUGGUGCCUGUUCCCCAGAGUGAGAAGCCUCCCCAUGUGGAGCCUCCUCCCCAGAUGGAACCUCCUCUCCAGGUGGAGCCUUCUCCCCAGGUGGAACCUCCUCCCCAGAUGGAACCUCCACCCCAGAUGGAAUCUCCACCCCAGGCGGAACCUCCAUCCCAGAUGGAACUUCCUCCCCAGGCAGAACCUCCACCCCAGAUGGAACCUCCUCCCCAGGUAGAACCUCCACCCCAGAUUGAAUCUCCUUCCCAGGUAGACCCUCCUCCCCAGGCAGAACCUCCACCCCAGGCAGAGCCUCCUCCCCAAGUGGAACCUCCUCCCCAAGUGGAACCUCCUCCCCAAGUGGAACCUCCUCCCCAAGUGGAACCUCCUCCCCAAGUGGAACCUCCUCUCCAGGUGGAGCCUUCUCCCCAGGUAGAACCUCCUCUCCAGGUGGAACCUCUUACACAAGUGGAACCACCUACCCAAGUAGAACCUAACGUGGACUCUUCUCCUCAUAUAGCACCUCUUCGUCACAUGGAGAUGUCUCUUCAGAAGGAGCUGAUUCCUAAAAAAUCUCCCCAGAAAGACGAAGAGGAUGAAAUGGCUGACAUGUACACUGGAUUGCCAAAAGAGCAAACACAUCUGGCUUGUAAGAAGUGCAGGUUGUAUGCCAAGUCUCCCACUGAACCCUCUCUGUCGGCCCUGCACAGCUGCCAGUCCACACCAAUUACAGCCAUCAUGCAGGAGCUGAUGGAAGAUGGUGGCUUAUAG